CAGCUCAGCCCAGCGAUGUUCUGAAUAGCCGCAGAGAGUGUCAAAUCAAGACGUGACCGGGCUCAUAUUAUCAUGUGAAGACCAGUCUGCUGCAAAGCAGAAAGUAACUCGCAGCGUUCGAAUCUGAUCUCAGUAUCACCCCGCUGUUCUCCGAUCAGCUUCAUCUUCUUUUGAUUUGAUCAAACUUUCGCUGCAAGUAACCGGCUCGAGAAUUAUUUCAGAAGGGCUGGUGAAAGCGUGGACGUAGGCUGAACCGGCCAUUCAAAGAAGUCCUGGGCCUAAAACGAUUCCCAGUUUGUGGGACUGGAAAGGUGACGCUCAGGCCAUCGACGUUAUCAGGCACGCGCGGCCCACGAGUAGGCGCCUGCGCUGGCUCCCCAUAAUCGUGGACGCGUAACUGUUACUUUGAACAGUGACUGGCGCUUUGUGCAGCGAAUUCGCCACUUCACAACGAAGAGCGGCACUUGAGAAGUCAUUCCGCUCAGCUGGAGACCAAGCAAGGUACAGUGCCUCUGAAGCUUCUGACAUGGCAACACGACUUAACCCAAGAUGGUUGAUGUCCGUCCUGCUUAUAUCGUCACUGCUAUUGCAUGCAGGUAUAAUUGUACACGGCCAAGACAUUCGCUUAGCAGGCGGUACGUCAGCAAGUACUGGCCGUCUUGAGGUGAAGUUCGAUGGAAAAUGGGGUGGCGUGUGUACCACAUCCUUGUUCACGCACGGGAACUUCAACUUUGGAAAUGCUGUAUGCCGUCAGCUGAAUUUCCGCCCAGCCAGCAGCGUCCGUCCCAUCCAGCUGGGAGAUCCGCUGUUUCCGGUGGAUGCGUUGCCCACGUAUCUGCAGGAUCCGGAGUGCAACGGGCACGAGACGAAUCUUUUCCAGUGUCUGAUCCUGCGUCCGCUUGGUACUGCUACAGACUGUGAUAAGUUCAGCUCUAUUGCAAUAGCGUGUAAUGGAACGCAGCCCAUGCUCAGUCUCGCAGGUGGACCUUCACCUACCGUUGGUCGAGUGGAAAGAAGUGUUGGCUCGACGACAGGUUACGCGUGCGCUGCAUUCUUUUACAUGCCGGAGGCGAAGGUUGCGUGCCGGCAAUUGGGCUUCCGGUCGGCCAUGCGCGUCCUGGAUUCAGGUAGUUAUGGCAACGGUACUGGGAAACCUCAUUACUCUCGUUUGCUCUGCCGUGGCGACGAGACGUCCCUGGAUGACUGUGCGAGUAACUCUGUGCUCGCGGAGCAGUUCUGUCCGGAUGAUGGACCGGCAGCAGCUAUCGAGUGCUCGGAUGAUCCCGGUAGCACCGGAGCAUCAGUGUCACCAAGCACCAACACUGUCACCAUGACAACACAUACAGGGUCAGGAUCGGACGAGGUCGCCUCCUCUUCAAGCAAAUCGUGGGGCAGCGAUUCGCGCUCCAUCGCUCUCAUCGUCAUCCUGGUCGUGCUCUUUGCUCUGCUCGCCGUGGCUGUCGUUUUCCUCAUUAUCCAGCAUCGCAGGAAAUCUUGAUCUAGCGCUUCGUCCGUUUUCUCGCGAAAACCGUAACCUCUGCGGCAUGGAGAUGUACAAGUUAGCGAGCAGACUGUAUCAGGAUACUAGCAUGUGUGUAGGUGCAUGAGCAAUGAUGAUUGAGGCAGGGAAGAGGAGCGCUUGUGGCGGCAGAGGCAAUAUGCAGUGAUUGUCCUCUUAUCAAUGCUGCAGCUCCUUUUUCUCUUUUUUUUCUUCUUUUUAUCCAGUGUCCUCCCCGGGGUACAAGUCUGACCCUCCCACCACCCCCAACCCCGUCCUGCCCCGGGGUACAAUUCCCACUUCUUGAGUUUUUCUACUCUUUUAUCAUUCUAAAAGCAUUAAUUUUUUGAUCUGAGCACUAUUUUAACGAAAUAUCAUUAACCCAGUCUGUGGAAUUCACUGUGGCCUGAGAAGGGCACAUCUGCCGUAAUGUGGUUGAAGAAGAAAUUGUUCAAUCUCUCCUACAGCUGUAGGAUUUUUAUUUCAGGUAUUGAAGAUUUCGCUUACUCAAUCUGCGGACAGAACUGUUUCGUUCUUUGUGGACUCUUCGUUAUGUUGUUGUUGAAUUCUUUAUUCUCACAAUGGCACCAUCGCCAAUAAGAGUUGUUGUUAUUGUU